GGCUGCUGCCGUGGGAAGGAGGCGUCAGAGGAGUGGAUUCAAGGGCUGAGGGAGGAGGCGAUAUAAACAGCUCAACUUUGUCCAAAACUUCCACACAAAGCCCGACUUCGCCUCUGAAAGCAGGACUUAAAACUCUUCUCCUUAAAGGAACUUGAUUCUCGUCAGCCAUGGGUGUGGAAGGGGGAAUGAAAUGUGUCAAAUACCUAGUCUUCUUUUUCAACUUAAUCUUCUGGUUAUGUGGCCUGGCACUGAUCGUUGUGGGAAUCUUGGUGCAAGUGUCUCUGCACAACAGCCUCAUGAUGAAAGAUGCGUCUGCAUCAGGAGGUCCCAUUAUCCUGAUUGCAAUCGGUGUGGUGAUUUUCUUCAUCGCUUUCUUUGGUUGCUGUGGAGCCUGGAAGGAAAACUACUGCAUGGUCACCACGUUUGCGGUUCUUCUGUCGCUGAUCAUCCUCGCUGAGAUCGCAGCUGUGAUCACUGGAUACGUAUUCAGAAACAAACUUUCAGCGAUCGUCCACGACAGCCUCACCGACAUGAUCGACAACUACAACAACAGCACAGAGGAAUUCAGAGACUCAGUGGACAAACUGCAGGAGGAUCUUCACUGUUGUGGUGUGAACAGCUCUGCCGACUGGAGAGACUUCAGCCCUGAUGGAAACUCGGUUCCUGACUCGUGCUGCCUAAAUGUCUCUACAAACUGUGGGAAAGGGGCCAUGACAGAUGCCUCCAAAGUGAACGUGCAGGGCUGUAGCAAGGCUGUGGAGGCUCUGCUGCAGAAGAACAUCAUGUGGGUGAUCGUGGCCGCCCUUGUUAUUGCUUUCCUGCAGAUCAUGGGCAUCGUGUUCGCCUGCUUGUUGAUGAGAGGCAUUCGCAGCGGCUAUGAAGUGAUGUGAUUCAGAGCCGAAUCAGAAGAAGAGUUGGGUGUCAACGUUACGCUUUUUGGGAGCUUAAUUUGAACAUUUGUUAUAAGUUCAUCUUACACUUCACUUGUAAUACAGAGAACAAUAUUUUUCCUUUAGUGAUUUUGGAAUAAAUUCCUAGGUUACUGGUUUCUCUGCUUCAAUGCUGUUAUAUGCGUAGCAAUUUUAAAGUGGUAGGAAGAGUUCGUUUUCAGUGCAAUGUUAGUGAAGGCUCUUGAUCAUGAAGAAAUUUAACACCCCACUUUGCUUGUACCAGUUUGAGACUCCUGAUCAGUGUUGGUGUUAAAUUGUUGUUAUGCUGGUUUCCAAGUUUCCGUUUUUAAUAAAGGUUCUUUAAAACUUGAA